CUGUGCUAUCAGUCCACAGAGACAGCCUAGGAGGGGACAUGAGAGAAUCCACUCCAGCAGCAAAACAGCCCUUGGCCAAAAGACUGUUUGCUCCUAGUUCACACCCAUAAGAGUCACCCUUGCAAACGGAAGUGGGGAAGACUGAAUGACACACUCUCCAACAGCUACAGCGCACACCUCCUCCCCGAGCUUCACACGCUCCUCGUCUGUGCACUCCAGCCUGCCUUCCCGUCGGUUCCCCCACAGCUGUUCCUGGGCUGAUACUGCUCUCAACAUGGGGAACAUGGCUUGUAUUCCCCAGGCACCUGGGCGCUUCAGAUAUUCCUUCUCCAGAAAGAAUUCGCUCAGGAAAGAGCAAGAGAACAAGAAAAAGCUAGCAGGCCUCUUUGGGUUUGAACCUGGACAGGAGCGAGAUGUGACCUCAGACAAGAUACUCCAGUAUAUUCCUGGAAAGAGCCUUACAAACCAGGACCACGAGAAGGAAAACUUUGACCAACGUUUCCCAAGCCUUUUCAAGAAAGGGAGGAGGAAGACGGUGGUGCGGAAUCUGGGGAAGAUUAUCUAUUACUCCAAGGUCAAAUUUAAAUUUCAGCACUGUCAGGAGGUGAACGACUGUUACUUGGAACUCUUUCAAGCCUACCUCUAUUUCCAGUCCCUCGGUCCCAAUGGACUCACUUACCAGGGCUUGCUGCCUUUGAGAGAACUGCAGCUGAAUGAACUGGAGAACCCAAAGGAAUCCCAGGAAGAAGUUCAUGCUUUUCAGAUUACAGGUCCCUUGCUGAACCCCCUGAUCGUCUACUGCCCCAACCAGUCGGAGCUGAAGCGGUGGCUGUACCACUUGGAGAAGCAGAUCCAUUUAAAUGGAGGAAGCCUGGACAUGCCCUUCCUGUCUCAGAAUGACUGGAAGCAAAACUCCGCUGGGAGAGAGCAGCUGAGGUGGUCUGUGCAGAACGCCCCCGUGCAGGAGUGGAGGGGCACCCAGCGGGAGUCUCUGGGGGACAUCCUUUGUGUGUCUAAAGUGAAGCUACAACACCUGCCCUUCCAGGAGCAGCACAACCGACUGCUGAUCCUCUAUCCUUCCACUCUGGUAAUUGUGUCUGAAGAACGCCGCGGUCUGUACUUCAAGGGAGAAUUGCCUCUGAAUGCAAUCCAAGUACAGUUUGAAGAAAACCAGAAAACCUCUUUUCUAAUAGAAGGCCGACUGAUCAACUCCAUUCGGGUGAUUUGCUCCAGUUAUGAUGAUUACCAGGAGUGGCUGUACUGCCUGAAAACAGCUCAGUUCCGAAAUGCUGAUUCCUCCCUUUCCGGAUCCGAAAGCUUCUCGGGACCAAAACCACCACACCUAGGGCAGUUCUCUGGAAGCGGGAGAGGCUCGCUCACCUCUGAUGGCCGAACAAAUUCCUGGGCAUCUGGAGGAAAAGGGAUGACCUCCACUCACCACUCCCAGAACAGCGCAGGCUCCAUUUCGGAGAGGCAGUCGUACGGCGUGAUGCCCGAUAACCGGCUCGUUGAAGACCCUUUGCCUCAAUCAGUACAUUGCCCAAGCCACCCAGUCCCAACAAGCACAGGGCUUCUGAAACCCGAACUGAAACGAAAAGGAAGCUCCCGCAAGUCCAAAGGCAAAGGUGGGCCGCCGGCCCAGCAGCCGCAACCCAACACCCAGGACUCGGAAAGGAGCCAUUUCCAGCUCAUCCCGGAGCAUCCCAAUGGAGAAGCCUUGUCUCCUGUGUACAAUGAGCCAUACACAGCCCUGGUUCACCAGCGACACCCUGAGGUUCCCCCGCGGCGUCUGGACAUGAACAAUUGGAACUUGCCAAGAAUUCAGAACUGCAUGGCAUCUGAAAACUUGGAGAAGACGCCCCAGCCUUGUUCCCCCAUGUAUGCUGACCCCUACACACCUAACUCUCCCUCUGCACGUGGGGCGGGGGACCCCAACUUCCUCGAAGAGUUCGUGAGACGCCACGGCCAGAACGGUGUGGAGCAGCAGAAUGGCUACCCAGCCAUGCCAGUGUCUGUCCCGGUUUCCCAGCAUCCUCCGCUGCAGAAGAAGAAUUCCCAGCCACUACUGGGCAACCACUGGCGAGAGCCGAUGGCUGCAAAGAGGUUCAGCAGUCCUGGCUCAAUGGUACCCCCUUCGGACAUCGACUAUUUGACGAGUAGCACCUUAUCAAGGGAUGAAUUUCUGGCGCCUUCCUUGCCGGCUUCUGACGAAAGCAUCGGACCCUAUGACCUGCCGGGAAACGGCCGAGAACGGCUCGACUCGGCCUAUCACGAUUACGCCGAGCUCCAAAGCUUUCAGAGCGACUUCAGUUACGACAAUAUCUGGGACACGGAGACAAAGGCGGCCGGGUCCUGGCGGAUUGCGCCGGCGUCGAGCCACGAGAUUUACCACUGCUGAAGGAAAGUGACUUGAAACGCUGGGCAGAAGGUGAAAUGGGUCUUGCCAGCGCCCUGGUCUUUGGUCUCCAGCUGAUGAUGUAAAGAUUGGGUGGGGAUCUCCUAGCUGUCCAGACUCUGCUUUCCCCCUCUGCCCUGGAAAUGGAAGAGUUAUCCUAGGGAAGGGUGUGCCCUUUCUGAUUGCCCUUCGCAUUUAUUUUUGGACACUCUUUCUUUCGUUUGUUUACUUUCUGGUGGAAUGCUAUGAAAACAAGGAGUCGGGAAAUCCUAGCAAGAAGUCCUCACUCGUGCAAUUGGGCCUCCGGGCCUUUAUAGUUGUUAUGAAGAAAAAACCAGUGUCCUUCAUUUUUAAGGUGGGGAGUUACACCCCUAGUUUGGCACCUGAUGGACUGCCCUUGCCAUUCUAUGCAAGAGGAGCAAGAAGGAAACCUACUGACUGUUCAAGCAAGGAAGAGAGGCUGCAUUUUUAACCUGCAGCUCAGUCCAAAGGCUACAGAAGACCUAGAAGCCCACUGGGUGUGGAGAAGAAUCCAGCAACUAUGGGUGGAACAAGGCUCCUUGGGAGAGGGAUUUUCUGGCCCCUUCAGUAUUAAGAAUUUGGGGACAGAGGACAACCCAGGAGCAACUGAGGGUACAAUAAACAUUGGUGACCCAAAGUGUUGAAGUCUGUGAAGGUGUGUUAAAGCGGACAGUAUUGCAGGCAAUCCUGGCUUGGUGGAAGAUGACGACGCAAAUGGUAUACUGUUGAAGAUUAUUAUGGUUAUAAGUAUAUAUCGAUAUAUUAAACUGCUUUAGGGGGGUGGGAAAGGAGGGCUCAUGGAUGACAGACAGUCUGUUUUCACCUCUGGGGAAAACUGAUUUAAGAAUGAGGUCCUUGCCUCUUGGGGCACACAAUCAAGACGCGAGUACCUCUGAGUGUUUCAAUCACCAGCCCCCAGGAUUAAGAGGCAGAGGUCCUGGCGGAGGCUCCUGUGACUAGACCUUGGACUGGCUCUUACCACCAACAGCUGCGUAGGGGGGAUGUCCAGCCAGGCUCCAAGCAUCACACGUCCUCCUGAGGAAUGGCCGUAUGGUGUUGGCAAAAAAACGAGGCAGGAAAAGGGGACGUGAUCAUGUGAUAGCUGCAAUCUGGGCAGGGCGGGAUGUAGGGUAGCAUGGGGCGGGACCUUCAGUACAGUGCUGGGUACAUCAUGUGUGUUAGCUGCUGCCAUCCUACCCAGAUUGGGGCUAGCGGACCAUCUCUUCCCCCUCUUCCUACCUCGAUAUUUGCCGACACGCUGCCUUUUCUCGGGUGCGUGCAUUAGGUUCGGAGUGUAUCGCUCGUUUUGGAGCGUAUAGUUUGGAGCGUCUAGCUAGUAUCCCCUACUCAGCUGCCGGUCAUGAGAACCAUCCUCUGGACCGUUGAAGGUCCACCUCGUGUCCGAAGCGGCCCCCCCACGCUGAAAGGGCGAACUCGUUGACCUGUGAAUCUGCUCCCUACCAUUCAGUGUUGGGUUGGGGCAGUCUGCAUUCCCUCAUCGCCUGGUUUGGGGACGACAGCCCGCUCUGUGGGCCCACUGUGUUCGGUGCCGACUACCUGUGCACCACUCCUGGCGGCCACCGUCAUAAGAAAAUGUGGCUGCGCUGGCUGCAAAGGCAGGUAGAAAUUCAGGGGCUCUGUGAAUCUGAUGUAGGCCCCAGACCACUCAGUUGGCCACUGCAUGUUUAGGCUGGAGAGAGCCAAGCUCCGAAACAGGGAGAGGCCACUGCUGAACUACAACUCCCAUCAUCCCCGUGGCUGGGGAUGAUGGGAGUUGUAGUUCAGCAGCAGCUGUAGAGCGAAGGUGGCCUUGCCCCCGAUCCAAGAGGGCCAGCAUGUGACACACAGGGAUCACUUCUCCAAGCUCUUUUGGUUUCGAUCCUGCAAGCCAGUAUUCCAGACCCCGAAGUGCAUGGAAGCUUUCGUCCAGCCUUUAUGACUUUGUGCUGGUCCCAGAUAAGGAAGCCUGCCAGACCUCCUUUACUUGAACUUAAGCAGAAAUGAAUAAUGCUUUUGGUUUUGUUGCGUCACAGCACAGCACUCGGCAAAGUUUACAUGUUUUUUUCACUGGACGCUUUAUUUAAUAUGUAAAUUUGGGUGCUUUCAGGGAGAGGGAGAGUGGGGGAAUCUAUUCAAUAUUGUAAUUCUGGACAGCUUGGAGCCCUCGCAGGAUGUCUCUUGUUUCCCUGGUAAUCCACUCCCAGGGAAGCUUGUUAUAGCAUUAUUAUGUGAAUUCCAGGUGUUCUUUUUUGUUUUUUUAAACAAAACUCUGAGGGGGAGAUUUCUGCAAGAGCUAUCUGCAAAGCAAAAGCCUGCAAUGGAGGGAGGUGCGGCCUUGAAAACGCACAUGGCUGGACUUCAGCUGUGGGCAGAGCAGCGUCCAAAGACUGUGGGGGGAGAUUGUCUGUGGUGUGUGUCCGUGUGUAUGUGUGUGUAGGGGGGGUGUGUCACUGCAAAGUUGUAAAUGCCUAGACCCUAACUUGCUGUACAGUUUUCUUCACAACUUCUCUGAAGACCGUACCCUUAAUAAAAGUUAAUAUAUCGUGA